UUACAGGCAACAGGUGUCCAUUCAGGACCGCCCCAGCCUCCUGAAGACUAAACCUGUCCUCUACUCGACUCAGCACAACCAGAAAGGGAAGCUCACAUAGACCUGCCUAAAGUACAGUACUACUAGUCAAGUCAGAUGGUACUACAUCGUGGUGGUGCCGGUGUCCCCGUCGUCGUCACGGCGAUGGGAGAACCCCGACGAGAUGGACCUGGAGGAGCUGUUGGAGUCCGGCGAGGGUCCUGUCCUGCGUCGUAGGCGCCAGGUUGAGCCCACGCGGCCGUACAUCGCUGCCAAGCUGCCCUCGCUGCCCGCUACGUUCACGCUGGGAGAUGAGAAGAAUUACAACGGCUUCUACAACCGCCCCCUACCGGGUCACCAGCACUACCAGGCCUUUGUACUGGCGGCACUGAAGGAGCAAGAGGAGGACAACAGUGACAAACACAGGACGUUCUCAGCCAGUCCGUACUCCGACCCUAUCCAGGUGUCUCCUAACGUGUCCAGGACUGUAGAGCAGCCAGAGAUGUUGUGGGUCCUGGGUCCUGUCCUGGCCGUGGUGCUCAUCAUCGUCAUCGUUAUCGCCAUCCUGCUCUUCAAGAGGUAA